AUGGUAUCAAAUCAAAGAACGCCUUCUCCUUCUGGAUUCAAAAUGAAUCCAACAACAGAAUCAGAUGAAGAGAAUGAUGGAGUGACGGCUGAUUGGGUGUAUGUUCUCAUUGAAAUCUCAUAUCUCGUCUUGUUUGCAAUCGUCGCCUAUUUAAUGAGGCGAUUCAAGUUUAUGAAGACCGAAGACGACGCGGUGACAAAACAUCAUCGUCACCAUUUGGAAUUGGUGAAAAAGCAACAGGAAGUAUUGAUUGAGAAGCAAGGAAGUGCUGAGAACUUUAUACUCGCCACUGAUGGUAAUGAUAACGAUGAUAAAUAUUGA